AUGGGACUCAAAGAGCUGCUCGCAGAAGCACUGCCGGCAGGGCACGACUUCGAUGUACUGCAUCUGCAGAGCCCAGCCACUGAGCGCCCCCCGCUGACCGAGGCAAGCGGCUGCUCACCGACCACCAUCGCCGCACAGCAUUUCUUCACACUCAGCAACAACUCCAAAGUGUUCUACGCGCUGCAAGUGGUCGUUUACAUCUGCAUUGAAGGUACCUCGGGGGACCGCAUGCUCUUCGUGUCGAAGGCAGAUACCAACGGCUACUGCGACGUCCGGGUCGAUGUGCGCCGCGCUACGCGCGCGCUGCUGCAGUUCCUGUUGAGCAUCGACCCUAGCCACUACCUGCAGCGCGUCCGCCGGAUGCGCAUCGAUCCCGCUGCCUGCAAGGGCCUCAUAACGCCGGCCACCAAUGCUGUCGACGCGCUGCGCAUACUCGCGCAGCGCUACCGCACGGGCAACCUCGACGUGCGAGCCGCCGCAGACCGCGCACGCUACACAAGCUUCCCGUGCCCCCCACAAUAUACCACCCGGCUCGCCCUCUUCACCCGCGCCGAGCCGCACUACCUCUUCUCAGAGUCCGCGCAGAACCCGGCCAAGCACGUGCUCCCUGGGGACCGCUUGCUGCGUUGGUGGCUGGCCUCUGUCGACGACCUACUGGUCACCCUAUUUGACCCAGCGACGGACGCCGCCCUGCUCAUCCCUGGUGAGGACUCCGCCGUCACCGCCCACUACCUGCGUCCCGUCCGCUUCCCGCGCUGGCGCGUGGGCCACGUCUUCGGCGGCUCCGCCGAAGACCCCGCCCUUACGCGCAUCCCGCGUUUCCCCGACGACCCCAAGGGCCGCUUCCUCGACGACCUGGCCCACGAGGGCCGCAACCCGUCCCUGCGCGCCUUCUGGACUGAGCUGGUCGCCAGACAGGAGUUCCGCCUCGGCGUCGUCGUCGGCGUCGUCGGCGCCGCCGGCCUCUACACGGGGCCCUGCGCGCGCCCAGCCCCCGAAGACCUGCUCUGUCCGGCCUCGCCAGCCGACUACGUCCACGUCAAGCACUACGUAACCGCCGAAGAAUACGCUACUGCGGCCGGCGCCUCCGAGGCCCAUCGCAACCUCGUAGACUGUCUUCUUCUGCGCUACGGUGUGGCGAUGCCGCGUGUCCGUGGCGCACACAGCACCACUCCGCGCCCCGCGCCAACACAAGAUGCCACAAAGAGGCCCGCAGUCAACGACCUAACCGCCCGCUGCGUCCGCAAGAAGCCGCGCUGCUAG